ACCUAUGCACAACGUAAUCUGUUUUAUCGACGCAGACUAAUGGCAUAUGUCUGACAUAACCAUAAUUUGAAACACACACUUUUAUAAGAUAUAAGAUAUUAUUAUUUUAUAAUUUCUUUAGAAAGGAAAUUUUGAUCAAAUAAAAUAUGGCUAUGCUCGCAGAAGCUCGAAGGAAACAAAAGUGGAUGUUAAAUCCACGUGGGAAAGAUUGGAGUAAUGAUACUAAUAAAUUUGGACAAAGAAUGUUAGAAAAAAUGGGCUGGACAAGCGGCAAGGGUCUUGGUAUUAAUGAGCAAGGUGCAACAGAUCAUGUAAGAGUUAAAGUCAAAAAUGAUACAGUUGGCAUCGGUUUUAAAAAUGAAGAAGACAAGGCAUGGACGGAACAUCAAAAAGCAUUUGAUGAUUUUUUGAGUUCUCUAAAUGAAAAUGCAGACUCUAAUACGAUAAAGAAAAUAAAUGCAGAAAAUUCUGGAACCAUUACUCAAUCCUUAGAAUUGAAAUCUAAACAGAGUCGUGCACGAGUACAUUAUCAAAAAUUUACACGCGGUAAAGAUGUAAAGAAGUACAGCGCAAAGGAUUUAGCUGAUAUACUUGGAGGUAGAGAUAUUUUAAAUAAGGAAAAUCAAAUUGAAGAACCGCAGGAAAAAAAUACAAAUGCUGGACACGAUGUUGAAAAUAUUCCAGAAAGUACAGUUACUAUAAACAAGGGCAGUAUUACCGAUUAUUUUAAAAAGAAAACUUCACAGUUUCUUAAAGAUAAAGAUAAUAGUAAUACGAAUUCUGUGAAUGGGUCUGACGAUGAAGUUGAACAAUACAGAGGUUUCGGAUUUUUAUCCAAAAGUCCUAACAAGAAAAAAAGUAAUAAGUCAAAGCUUGAAUGCAAUUAUACCUUUGAUAAUCCUGCUUUAGAUUUACAUAAUAGUAAUGAUACCGUAUUACAAGAAAAUACAAAAUGCUUGAACAAGAGGAAAGGGGAUACAUCAAUUGAAAAUGAUAUGCAGAAUUUAGAUUAUGAAGAAAAUUGUGCAAAAAAGAUAAAAAUUGAUGAUAAUGAUAAAAAUUGUAAGGAAGGUUUUAUAAAUAUGGCCCUCGAUUUAGAUACCGAUAAUAAUGAAAGUCAUGUUACAAACAAAUUUGAAGUUUCAAGAACAAAUCUUGGUCUUACGAAUGAUGCAUUAGAUUUAACUGAUGAAAUUAAAGAAAAAAAACGGGUAACAUUUAAUAAUCAUGUAGAAUAUAGUACAGAUUCUAAUAAGAAGAAGAAACAUACCGGUACACUGGAUAAAUUUGAAAUUGAUUCUAAAAAACGUAAAAAGAAACAAAAACAAUUAGUUAAUACUGAUGUUUCGAAUAAAAUUGGUAUCAUUAAUGAAGCAUUGGAUAUUAAUUUAAUGUCCGAAGAAUUAAAAGAUAAUAAAGUUAACGAAAGUAAAAGUAAAAAGAAUAAAAAGCUAAUAAAACAACAAAGAAUGUCUAAUCUUGAAACGAUAGAGGAAACAUCAGAAGAAGCAGGUACAAACAAUGGUAGAGAAGUUGAAAACAUGGAUAACAAUGUAGAUCCGAAUCUAAUUAGUGAAGAAAAUGCAUUUGAAGAAAAAAAUAUAGAGAUAAAAAAAAAGAAGAAAAAGAGUAAGAAUAAAAAACACGAAACAGAGAUCGACGAAACCAUUAGUCACAUAUCAGAAAAUAUAAAUAGUUCAAAGAAAAAAGAAAAAGUCAAAAAGAAAGAUAAACAUAUAGUACUAGAUGAUGAUAUUACUUGUGAAAAAGUUACAGAAAAGACAAGUCAUAAAAAAGAAUCAAAGGAGACACAUAGAAACGAAGAAGAUAUAACGAAUGUACCAUUGGAUGAAAUCAAAGAAAUUUUCGUCGUUGAAGAAAAAAACGUAGUUGAGGAUGAGCUCAAAAAAAAACUAAAACAUCAGAGGAAGAAUGAUAAAAAACAUAUAAAUGUAAUAGAUCUAGAAUGUAAAUUGGAUCAAAAUAUUGAUGAUCUAAGAAUAAAUGAAGAAGUAAAAGUAAAAGCAGAAAGCAAACAUAAUAUAAACGGCAAAGAAUCUAAUACUUUGAGUGAUACAAAAGAUGAUGAAACAAUCAAUAUAAGCAAUUCAGAAAUGCAAUUACAAAAUAGGAAACUUCCAAAAAUAAAACACGAAGAAAAUAUGAAAAAUAGAUUUUUCAUAGAAAGUUCAAAAAAGUAUAAAAAGAUAAUAAGAUCGCAUUACAAUUUAAAUGACAUAGUAAAUUUUCCAGGUUCUAAUUUGAAUAAAAUAAAAGAUUACGGUGAAGAUCUAAUUCAAUAAUUUAUGAUUAUAUAGAUUGUUCGCUAUUAAAUAGCUAUAACGACGAUACUAUUUAUUUGUAUUGCUAAGUGUAUAUUUCGUUUGUAAAAUGUAUAAUAAAUAUACUUCCGUGAUCACACUAAGCUCUCGAACUCCGAA